CCAGAGGUCCGAAACAGCACGUUUCAAGCAUUUCUUCGAUUUAGCCUCAAGAAAAAAAAAAAAAAAUAUCAGAGGCUUAAUACCGAAAAACUCGUCGUCUCUCUGCUCCAAGUAAAAAAACUUCAAGUCCAUCAUACUCAUGGAAGAUCGUCAAACCAAUCAAGACGAUGAUGUUUUCUCCUUCUUCGCACCUCCUUACGAAUCCACCUUCUCCGCCGCGACUCCGUCCACGCUUUUCAACCGUUCAGCUUACUCCUCUUCUUCCUCCGGCGACGAUGUGGACUCCUCUCAGCCUUCCGUUGACGACAGCAACAAACGAAUCGAUUACAUGAUCCGAUUUCUAGACCGGAGACUCGGCGAGGACGGUAAUUCCGACGGGAUCGGUGAUAGGAAUGGUACGGAUAGGUCUGAUUCUUUACCGGAGUUUGUUGGUAAGUGUGGUGAAUCUGGGAUCUUUAAGGUUCCGAUUAGGUCGGCGGUUCAUCCGAAUCGGCCGCCGAGUCUUGAUGUGAGACCUCAUCCACUUAGGGAAACUCAAAUUGGGAGGUUCUUGAGGACGAUGACGAGUACACAGAGACAAUUAUGGACUGGAGGUGAGGAUGGUGCUUUGAGAGUUUGGGAGUUUAGGGAAUUGUAUGGAAGUGGGAGGGGAUUAGAGGUAGAGGAUACGGCGCCGUAUAAGGAGAGUUUGGGGAAUGAGAUUGGGUCUGCGGUUGUUUGUAUGAUUGGUGAUGAAGGUAGUAGAGUAGUUUGGAGUGGGCAUAGAGAUGGGAGGAUUAAAUGUUGGAGACUGAGAGGUGAUCAUGGUAUUGAAGAAGCUUUGUCGUGGCAAGCUCAUCGUGGUCCUGUUCUCUCCAUUGCCAUCUCGGCUUAUGGAGAUAUAUGGUCUGGGUCGGAGGGAGGUGCUCUUAAAGUUUGGCCCUGGGACGACGCUCUUGGGAAGUCUCUUUCUUUGAAGAUGGAAGUGAGGCACAUGGCUGCGUUAUCAGUAGAGAGAUCAUAUAUUGACCCUAGGAACCAGGUUUCGGCCAAUGGAUUUGCUAAUACAUUAACGGCAGAUGUUACAGUCCUCGUAUCUGAUCAUAAAAGGGCAAGAAUAUGGAGUGCUAGUCCCCUGACAUUUGCUUUGUGGGAUGCUCGCACAAGGGAUUUAAUCAAAGUAUUCAGUAUUGACGGUCAGCUUGAGCGAACUGACAAUUCUAUAUAUCCUGAUUUUGGGACUGAAGAAGAGGGGAAGAUGAAGAUAACUGCUUCAAAGAAAGAGAAAGCUCAAUCUUCUCUUGGUUUCUUUCAAAGGUCUCGUAAUGCCCUUAUGGGAGCAGCUGAUGCUGUUCGUCGUGCUGCAACGAAAGGAGGGUUUUGUGAUGAUAGUAGGAAAACUGAGGCUCUUGUCAUAUCAGUUGAUGGACUGAUUUGGACAGGAAGUUCAAAUGGUGUACUUAUGCGAUGGGAUGGAAAUGGUAAUUGUUUGCAAGAGUACUCAUACCAGUCCUCUGGUAUUCUCUGCAUGUUCACUUUUUGUUCUCGAAUAUGGGUUGGUUAUUCCAACGGCACUGUUCAGGUAUUGGACCUUGAGGGAAAGCUCCUUGGAGGAUGGGUAGCUCAUAGUGGUCCUGUGAUAAAAAUGGCUAUCGGGGGCGGUUAUCUAUUUACCCUUGCAAAUCAUGGAGGUAUUCGUGGAUGGAAUGUUACUUCUCCAGGGCCCCUUGACAAUGUCUUGCGAGCUGAGUUGGCUGGGAAAGAAUUUUUGUAUUCAAGGAUAGAGAAUCUGAAAAUAUUAGCUGGCACAUGGAAUGUUGGAGAGGGGAGAGCAUCGACUGACUCACUUGUAUCUUGGCUAGGCUGUGCUGCUACUGGAGUUGAGGUUGUAGUUGUUGGACUGCAAGAAGUUGAAAUGGGAGCAGGAGUUCUAGCAAUGUCUGCAGCAAAAGAAACAGUGGGACUUGAGGGUAGUCCACUUGGUCAGUGGUGGCUGGAUAUGAUCGGCAAAACUUUGGAUGAAGGAUCAUCUUUUGUUCGUGUUGGGUCUAGGCAGCUGGCAGGGUUACUCAUUUGUGUAUGGGUUAGACAUGACCUUAAACCUCACGUGGGAGAUGUUGAUGCUGCUGCGGUUCCUUGUGGCUUUGGACGAGCGAUUGGCAAUAAGGGUGCUGUAGGUGUGCGACUCAGAAUGUAUGAUCGAGUACUGUGCUUUGUAAAUUGUCAUUUUGCUGCACAUCUAGAAGCGGUUAGCCGGCGAAAUGCUGACUUCGACCAUGUUUAUCGAACAAUGACCUUCUCAAGGCAGUCUACUUCGCUCACUACGGGAGUUGCUACUGCGUCAUUUGGUGUUUCAGUGCCUCGCGGUGGCAAUGCUGUGGGUGUCAACACAGUUGAAGCAAGGCCUGAAUUAUCCGAGGCAGACAUGGUCAUAUUUCUUGGAGAUUUUAAUUACCGUUUGGAUGAUAUAACUUAUGAUGAAACAAGGGAUUUCAUUUCGCAAAGAUGCUUUGAUUGGCUAAGAGAAAAAGAUCAGCUCCAUGCUGAAAUGGAAGCUGGGAAUGUUUUUCAAGGGAUGCGCGAAGCAAUUAUCACAUUCCCUCCAACAUACAAGUUUGAAAGGCACCAAGCUGGUCUAGCAGGAUAUGAUUCAGGGGAAAAGAAGCGGAUUCCUGCCUGGUGUGACAGGAUUCUAUAUCGCGAUAACAAGAAACAUUUGGGAGCUGAGUGCAGUCUGGAUUGUCCAGUGGUGUCUUCUGUAUCACAGUAUGAUGCCUGCAUGGAUGUGACAGACAGUGACCACAAGCCUGUUCGUUGUGUAUUUAGUGUCAAGAUUGCGAGGGUCGAUGAAUCAGUUAGGAGACAAGAAUUUGGAAACAUCAUAAACUCGAAUAAGAAAAUCAAGGUCAUGCUUGGAGAGUUAAGCAAGGUUCCAGAGACAAUUGUCAGCACCAAUAAUAUAAUUCUCCAAAAUCAGGAUUCAACUAUUCUGCGUAUUACAAAUAAGAGUGAGAAGAACAUCGCUUUCUUUCAAAUAAUUUGUGAAGGCCAAGCCAAGAUUGAGGAGGACGGUCAGGCACACGAUCACCGAGCAAGAGGUUCUUUCGGGUUUCCCCAGUGGCUGGAGGUAUCCCCAGGAACUGGAACAAUCAAGCCAAACCAAAUAGCCGAGGUUUCAGUCCAUCUCGAAGACUUCCCAACAGUAGAAGAAUUUGUGGACGGUGUUGCUCAGAAUUCUUGGUGUGAAGACACAAGAGACGAGGAAGUUAUAUUGGUCCUAGUAGUACAUGGAAGGUUCUCGACUGUGACGAGAAACCAUAAAAUCCGUGUGCGUCACUGCCCUCGUGGAAAGAAAAAAUAUGAUGACGAUAGACCUAAAUCCUCGGGACAAAUAAACGCUCUCCAUCGCUCCGAUUAUCAACAACUAAGCAACACUCUAGAUGUGGUUGAGCAGCUAAGGAACUUGCACAGUCCAUAGAUCCAAUUCAAAGUGUACAGUGAGAUCAAGAGAAGGAGAAUCGAAACCUCCAAAGUAAUUCGUAACUCGUUUUCGUGUGUUUUAAUGGGAAAAUUUGUGUGAAAAGAGGAAAAACUGAGAUUAGCUUCUUACGUUUUUUUUUGUUUUAAGAGGCUAAUUAUGUAAUGCAGGGGAUAUGGUCUACCAAGUGUUAUAUUAUUUCUCUGUAUAAGUAAUGUAUUUGUAUAAUGUAACCUCAUUGCUUCUGUAAUUCUCUCUCAAUAAGCAUUCUGAUACUUCUACUA